AUGCAGCCUCUACUUCCUUUAGACUUUGGAGAAUCAGAUAGAUUGGAUGGUAUUAGUUCAAUAAGCAACAAUUCUAGUGUAAUGUAAAUAAAUUGAAUUAUUUUAAGGGUGCUUCCUUAAGGAAACGAAUUUUCAUUUUAAGGUAAUAUAAAUUAAGCUUCAAUCAUUCCACAUGAUCCUUCUGCUUUUUAAGCAAUGCUAUAGAUUAAUAGAACAAUUAAGAAUGGGUUUUGAUUUAAAAUAAAUUUAGUGCUACAUUUAAUAUGAAUCAAUUAUACACAACUCUAGGAAUAAAAGAGGUUAAGGAGAAUAAAUUAAAUAAAAAGAAAACUCAUGUAAAGAUCUCUGUAAUUAAAAAUAUGGUUGGGAUGGAGAGUAACUAGAAAAAGGAAUAUUUUAUCAAUAGUUAUGGGUAACACUUAAAAGGAAUAUAAGAUUAGUAGACACGAAGAAAAAUACAAACUCCUAGGAUAUCAUGAUAGGUCGUUAGGAGAAAUUUGAAUUUCAAGGUUAAAGCAUUUAUCCAAAUGAUAUUGGUAUUUAAUUUAUUUCAUUAAAUAGUCUUACCUGAAUAAGAACGAUUAAUAUCACGCAUCCAUUGCAAGUUGAUUUGUAAAGAUUUUUUUCGAAAAGGAUCAUAUAUCCAUCCUUUGUAUAAAAAUACUUUACGUUAUUUAAAAUAUCAACUACCACACUUUGUGUUAAUUAGAAUUGAGAAGUUUCUAGAGUAUUUAUAAAAUAAAAUCUAUAUUAGAGAUCCAAAAGAAUGUUAUGUUUAAGAUGUUGGAAGUGUUUUUGGAACACAUAUUAGAGUAGAUAAGAAAUAUUAGAAAUUAAAGAAAAGUCAUCAAUAUAGUAUUGGAACAGAUACAACUUUUUAAAUUUAAGAUUAUCAUGUUUUAGAGAAAAACUUAAAAAUUCCAGAUGAACAUUUUGAUUAAUUAAUAGAUUAAAUAAGGAAUAACUCUUUUAAAUGUAAUAUACAUGGUUUGAAAUUUGAAUCUUAAUCAGCACAGUAAUAAUUAGAAAAGUCACCUAUGGAAAUGGCUUUUAUUUUAUAAAAUUUGAAAUAAUAUAAUGUGCCAUUCAUUUUAUUAGUUUUUUCUGGAUCAGGAUUGUAAGGAUGUUAUAUUCAUUAUUUCUUUGCUAAAGACUAUAAUUGUGAAUUUUCUAUAGGAAGAUGUAUUGAAAAUAAUAUUUUCAUCAAUUCAAAUACCAUUUCAAGAAAAUAAACAAGAAUUCAAUUUAAUUAUAAGUAUUGUGAUUUCUAAAAUGAUUUUAGAGAAAAUAAAUGGCAAAUUGCUGAUGGUUCAUAAGAUCGGGAAUCAGCCAAUGGAACUUGGUUACAAUUAUCUACAAUAGAAGAGAGAGAAUAAAAAUUAGAAUCUCAACCUCAUCCAUUGAAGCAUUUAUCAGAAAUAAAAAUUAAUGAUUAUAUCUUGAAAGUAGAAUUAUUUGAAGCUAAGUAUAAUUAUAAUCUUAUAUCACUUUUAGGAAAAUAAAAAAAAGUAAUAACAAACAAUUUUAGUAAGACUUUAAAUGA